AUGCAAGCCCCAGGAAGUAUUGGUUACACUCUGGUGCUUGUCCUGGCAUUCAGCUUGUUCAACCAGGUCCUUUCAGACAAGGUGCACGCGAGUAUCAUGAACAGAUUAGGCAAUGGGAAAAACAUGACAUUACAUUGUCAGUCUAAAGAUGAUGAUCUUGGCCAGCAAAACAUAGCAGAUGGAAGCGAAUUUGGGUGGGACUUUUCAGUCAAUGUAGGAGGAACCACACUAUUUUUCUGCAACAUGGAAUGGGAAAAUGUGCAACAGUAUCAUUUUGACGCCUAUUCCUUUGGAAGGGAUUACGCAAGAUGCGAAAGUCAAUGCUUAUGGUUGAUAUCAACAGAGGGCGUCUAUGGCUUGAAUGGACAAACUGGAUUUUGGGAAUUUAUGUAUUAUUGGUCAAAUUGA